UAGAAGUCACUAUCAAAACCACACCACAUACAACAUCCGCAAUGUCUACUCCGGCUCAUCUAGUGAACCGUCCAGCACCGAACACUCCAUACUUUACUCCCCUUCAAGAUCCUCCAGCCGGCACCGCCUUGGUAGAGGACGGAAAGAAAGAUGCUGUUCCCAAGCUCUUCCGGCCCCUCAAGAUCCGAGGUCUUACCCUCCAGAACCGUAUUAUGUUGAGCCCGCUCUGCCAGUACUCUGCUCCCGACGGACACUACACAAUGUGGCAUCACACCCACAUGGGCGGCAUCAUCCAACGCGGUCCCGGACUCACUUGCGUUGAAGCCACAGCCGUGACUCCUCAAGGUCGCAUCACGCCUGAAGACGUUGGCAUCUGGCAAGACUCUCAGAUCGAGCCUCUUGCCAAGGUCGUCGAGUUUGCCCACUCCCAGAAUCAGAAAAUCAUGAUUCAAUUGGCGCAUGCGGGCCGCAAAGCGAGCACUGUAGCACCGUGGUUGAGCGGCGGCGAUGUUGCUGGUGAGGACGUCAACGGAUGGCCACAGGAUGUCUGGGCGCCCAGUGCGAUUCCGUGGAACGAGAAGCAUGCUGUUCCAAAGGAGAUGUCGUUGGAUGACAUCGAGGCUUUCAAGAAGGCGUUCGGUGAGGCAGUCAAGCGGGCGUUGAAGGCUGGAUUUGAUGUUAUUGAGAUUCACAAUGCUCACGGAUACCUCCUCCACGAAUUCAUCUCGCCUGUGAGCAACACCAGGACCGACAAAUACGGCGGAAGCUGGGAAAACCGCACUCGUCUGACAAUCGAAGUCGUGGACCUUGUCCGCAGCAUCAUUCCCAAAGACAUGCCUCUCUUCCUCCGUAUCUCCGGCACCGAUUGGCUCGAGGAGAGCGACAUCAAGGAGUCAUGGACUUCCGCAGACACCGCGAAGCUUGCGCCAAUCCUGGCCGAGCACGGCGUCGAUCUCCUCGACGUCUCUUCUGGAGGCAACCACCCCAAGCAACAUCCUCACAGCAAGCCCGCUUACCAAGCUCCGUUCGCUAUCGAAGCGAAGAAGGCCGUGGGACAUAACAUGGCCGUCAGCUCGGUCGGAUCCAUCGAUAGCGCGAAGUUGGCGAACGAUCUAUUGGAGAAGGAUGGUCUAGAUCUGAUCAUCGUUGGCAGGGCGUUCCAGAAGAACCCGGGAUUGGUUUUCCAGUGGGCGGACGACUUGGAUGUCAAGGUGCAGAUGCCGAACCAGAUACGAUGGGGUUUCGGAGGACGCGGAGCUAGUGCGGACAAUGUAACGCCUGCUACGAAGAUUCCGGAGUUGAUUGGGGAGGCUUAG